AGUCUCCUGUGCGCCCAGUCUGGUGCGCCUCAUCCCAUCUCAUGCAUGGCUGCCAGUAAUGGUCUACUGGGUGUCAGCUUUUAUUUGCACGACACAAAGCAAGUGCCAAGGGCUGCUGCAUCGACUCCCCGAGCAGACUCGGCCUCUGGAUAAAAGCAAGCAAAAUGCCCCAGUCGAGCACAGAAACAUAGAAAUGUUAGGCUGGAAAGAGGAAGUACAGUGGAGAGGGGAGGGACCGAGGGCAGAGUUCCAUGGGGCUGCCGCGGCGCUUCGAACUUCUGCACAUGGAGCGGGGGAGAGUUGGAAGAACUUCAUAUUGCAAACUCAAGGAAUAGCAGAGUACCUGCACCGAAUGGAGAUGGAGGAGGCACAGGACAUGUCUCAGAUGCCAGGCAGGGACAGCCCCCCUCCCAAUGAUGUGUCUGAAGACCAAGAUGAGGCCAUGCUCGUCCCAGAGGACCUGUCUGCCAGCUCCAAUUUGCAACACAACAAUAGGGGUGACAAAGGAGGCAUGGCCUGUAACAUUAAAGUUGAGGCUCGCAGUGACGAGGAGAAUGGGCUCGCCUUUGACAUGAUGAUGAAUGGCGAGGAGGAGGAGGAGUGUGCGGAAGACUUGCGCGUGCUCGAUUCCUCGGGGGCCAAAGUGAACGGCUCCCAUGCAGGCGGCCCCGGCAGCAAGGGCCCCUACUCCUCGGCCGGGGGUAUUCGCCUGCCCAACGGGAAGCUCAAGUGUGAUAUCUGUGGGAUAGUUUGCAUUGGCCCCAAUGUGCUGAUGGUGCACAAGCGAAGCCACACUGGAGAACGUCCGUUCCAGUGCAGCCAGUGUGGUGCUUCUUUCACCCAGAAAGGCAACCUACUGCGCCACAUCAAGCUCCACUCAGGAGAGAAGCCCUUCAAGUGUCACCUGUGCAACUACGCCUGUCGCAGGAGAGACGCCCUCAGCGGUCACCUGCGCACCCACUCCGUUGGAAAACCCCACAAAUGUGCCUACUGUGGGCGGAGCUACAAGCAGCGUAGCUCUCUGGAGGAACACAAGGAGCGGUGUCACAACUAUCUCCAGUGUAUGGGGCUGCAGAACAGCAUCUAUACAGUAGUAAAGGAAGAAAGCAACCAGAAUGAGCAGAGGGAAGACUUAAGCCAGACGGGAUCUGAGAGAGUCUUGGUGCUAGAAAGACUAGCUAAUAAUGUAGCCAAACGUAAGAGCACUAUGCCACAGAAGUUUGUAGGUGGGAAGCGUCUCUCCGAACUCUCCUUCGAGGGCAACCCCGGGGAACUGAUGCAGCCUCAUGUCAUCGACCAGGCCAUCAACAGCGCCAUCAGCUACCUGGGUGCCGAGUCUCUGCGACCUCUCAUCCAGACCUCCCCAACCUCCUCUGACGUGGGGGUCAUUGGCUCCAUGUACCCCCUCCACAAGCCGCCUGUAGAGGGCCAUGGGGCGGGCGGCCACAGCCUGUCAGCCAAGGACAGCGCAGCUGAGAACUUGCUGCUGCUCGCCAAGUCCAAAUCAGCCUCCAGCGAGAGGGACGGCUCCCCCAACCACAGUGGCCAGGAUUCCACUGACACGGAGAGCAACAAUGAAGAGAGGGCAGGUGGCGGGGCAUCGGGCCUCAUCUACCUGAACAACCACAUCACGCCUGCGGUACGUAAUGGCGUGCUGCCCCUGGCGAAGGAGGAGCAGCAGCGGCAGUACGAGGCCAUGCGGGCCAGCAUCGAGAUGGCCUCAGAGGGGUUCAAGGUGCUGAGUGGAGAGGGGGAGCAGUUGAGGGCAUAUUGCUGUGAACACUGCCGCAUCCUCUUCCUAGACCACGUGAUGUACACCAUCCACAUGGGCUGCCACGGCUUCCGAGACCCCUUCGAGUGUAACCUCUGUGGCCACCGCAGUCAGGACCGUUACGAGUUUUCCUCACACAUGACCCGAGGGGAGCAUUGCUACUGAGUGGCCCACUGAACACACACUACCACAUGAACACACACACGCACACACAGACAUACACCCACACACACACAUGCUCUAUGAAAGGGGCGAUUUUUAUACGUUGUCAAGAAAUUGCAUGUUUGAAAAACAAAGAACAAGACUAGUUUAUGUUCAUUUCACGUGUUCAGGAGAAAAAGGGGAACGAUUCCUCCAUCUGCUUUUUAGAAAACAAAAGGUGUUAAAAUAACUGUUCAGUGAACAAAACAAACAACUUUAGAAAUGAUUGUGCCUCAGCAGUAAGUAUUGUGUGUCACAUACUGUAUAGUUUUAAGUCAUUGAUCUAGCCUUUGACGUCUGUAUACAUGAAAUAAAUGUCUGUUUUCUGAUAGCCUACCUGGAGGAAUAUCUGAUAGCCUACCUGGAGAAAUAUCUGUAUACUUUAUUCUAAAGAAUACAGUCAUCCAAUAAAGUUGGCUUUUAAAUGGCAAGGUAUUGCUUGACAUUUAUGUAAGGGAUAAUCAACAAGGGGCUAUGCGUUCUAUGGAAAAUAAUGAAUGUUGUGGAAGGUGUGUUCCACAAUGCGGUAGAGGAGUGGAACUAAACCUUCCACUGAGUUGCAUUAUUAUCCAGAGAACGUAUAGAGCACCAAGUUGAAUAUCUCUUUUAUACCAUGGCUAUAAUUUAGCACAUUUGCCACAAGAAAUGUGUUACUUUGCAGGUAGAAAUGUGUUCAACAUUCACUGUAGAGUUUACUACAACUACAGUAGUUGCUGUGGUAACUAAACAAACAGACUUUUUAAAUUUAACCAGGCAAGUCAGUUAAGAACCAACUCUUAUUUACAAUGAUGGCCUACACCGACCAAACCCAAACUACACUGGGCCAAUUGUGCACCACCCUAUGGGACUCCCAAUCACGGCCGGUUGUGAUACAGCCUGGAUUCGAACCAGGGUGUCUGUAAUAACGCCUCUAGCACUGAGAUGCAGUGCCUUAGACCGCUGCACCACUCGGGAGCCCAUGCUUGUAAAGCUAACCAAACCAUCAGUCCUAGCUUGCUAUUAUGAAAAUCGGAUUCAACAAUACCAAUAUUGUUUUCAAUUUGACUUUUGCUUUCAAAAUGAGCUCAAACAAAACAUGCAAGAAUGAGCUAUAGAAUGAACUAAGCAAUAUACCGUGCAUUAUUUAACCAAUAACAAAAGAAACACACCUGAGAGGGUGUUAUAUAUGGCCAAUAUACCACAACCCCCGAGGUGCCUUAUUGCUAUUAUAAACUGGUUACCAACGUAAUUAGAACAGUAACAAUAAUUAUUUGGUCAUACCCGUGAUGUACCACGGCUUUCAGUCAAUGAGCAUUCAGGGCUCGAACCCCCCAGUUUAUAAAGGUAAUUAUAAACUGGGUGGUUCGAAUGUUGAUUGGCUGACAGCUGUGGUAUAUCAGUCUGUAUACCAUGGGUAUGACAAAACAUUUAUAUUUACUGCUCUCAUUACUUUUGUGAUAUAUGGCCAAUAUACUGUACCACGGCUAAGGGCUGUAUCCAGGCACCCCGUGUUGCGUCGUGGUUAGGAACAGCCCUUAGCCGUGGUAUAUUGGCCAUAUACUGUACCACACCCCCUCUGGCCUUAUUGCUUAAAUAAUGCACGCUCUAGAAUGCCCUUCAAGCCAGUCAGAAAUGAGAAUUCAACAAUUCCAUGGUAUAAAGUUUUUUAUACAUUAUUUAUGCUGUGUACGCAUGCAUGUGUUUCUUUUUGUAAUUUAUUAGUUGGUGUUAGGGUUUCCUAUGUUUGAUUUGUUCAGUUCAAACAUUCCCUACCAUUAAUCAAAUGUGAUAGAUGGAUUUGAGUUGAAUAAAUGAAUGACUGAA